GCCUCUGUGUGUCCGUCUGUCUGCCUGCUGGUUUGAGUUGAUACUUUGGCUUACUUACUUACUGAUAUCUAUCUACUAUCUAUCUAUCUAUCUAUCAAUCACUCGUCCACCUUAUUAGAAAACACAAAUUUAAUAUAAAAACAUAUUUCCUGAAAUUGCAAAUUAUUUAAAAUAUAAAAAUAUAAUUUUCAACAGAGAGAAUUUAUCAAAAUAGAAAACAAAUGAAGUUUGAAGUUUAAAAAUAAUAGGAUCGACCACUCACGACUAGCUAGCGCGGACGCGCGACUGCGCGUUCGGGACCACUCUGCUUUAGUAGUACCCUUAUACUCUGUGUGUUUUCAAACGCAUGGAUAUAGGUGUCAAAUUUGUUCCAAUAACUUUCGAGUAAUAGAUAGAUAGAGAGACAGACAGACAGACAGACAUAUAGCUCGCUCCGGCCAGUCAUGGUAUUAGCUGUCAGUAGCCAAAGAAUCGACAGACCAGCAACAGGCAUGCAGGCAGACAGACAGAUACUUCACUAGCAGUGAGCACUUUCACUUCUGACAGCUAAUAGCAUGACAGUGCCCAAACUUUUAAUAGGUCUACUUUCAGCAAUAACCGCUUGAUAAGUAAAAUUCCUCUUUUAAUUAAAACUGAAUAGCACGACAUAGAACAGUCGUGAUCUACAAUAAUUAUUCUUUCAGCGUAAUUAAGAGAUUUUGAUAUCGGAAUUAUUAUUCUCGAAGUUUUUCUUCUUAGCAUAGUGAAUCAUUAUCUUAUUAUAAAACAAUAUAUAGUAAGGUAACACAUAUAUCUAAUAUACGUCUAAACAAAGGAUAAGAGUAAUGCCGUGAUAUACACAUAUAUCUUUGAUGCAAAGAGCAGGUAAAGACAACGAAGUUAGAUAGAUUGGUUCAUUGUGAUUAGAUACGAAUUGAUGUCUAAAGACUGGAAAAGAUAAGAUAUCCCAACAUUUAUGUCGUAGAAUAAAAGGGGUUAAAACGUUUGAAAUUCCCAAUCUUACAACGAGAUAACUUCUUUUGGAGUUUGGUUGAUACAUUGAUUUACUGUUGACAUGCUAGAAACGAUUUCUUUACAUUGGAUACCUCUUUAAUGUUUAUUGUCUUUUAAAGACAAAAGGAAAAUGUUUUACAGAAAAGAUAUAACCCUGUUCCUAUAGGAUCAUCAUCAUUAUUAAUGUCUGUUUUCCAAGCUGGCAUGGGUCGAACACUGAAAUAUUUGCUUCGAAUUGAGAUAAAUAGCAGUAUUUCUUUAUCUCAUUGUCUGAUAUAUUUUCAUUCUUAUUAAACUUUAAUGGAUUCAUAAAUGAGUUUGCAACAACUUUAGAUUUCACAGAAGAUCACAGUUGAUAACUCUGAAAAUAUCCGUAAGGAAUAAGCUAUAACUUGAAGAAAGAGAAAGAAAGAUAUAAAGGAAAACUUCAAUAAAGAAAAAAAGCUUCACUGGUUCAAUCUGUUUUUAUCUCUUGAAAAAGAUGUCAAAAAGGAUACGAAAAGUGUAUCAUUGUGACAUCUGUGGUAAAACAUUUUCUGCAAAAAAUGUUUUAAAUAAACACCAACGCAUUCAUACGGGAGAAAAAACAUAUCAUUGUGAUAUAUGUGGUAAAUCAUUCUCUGAAAAUAGUGCCCUAACCAUUCACAAACAUAGUCAUACAGGAGAGAAGUCAUUUCACUGUGAUAUCUGUGGUAAAUCUUUCUCUUUCAGUAGUUCCUUAAAUACUCACAAACGUAUUCAUACAGGAGAGAAACCAUUUCACUGUGAUAUCUGUGGUAAAUCAUUCUCUCAAAAUGGUAUCUUAUCUAGACACAAACGUAUUCAUACAGGAGAGAAGCCAUAUUACUGCGAUAUCUGUGGCAAAUACUUCUCUCACAGUAAUGUCUUGGUUAAUCACAAGCGUAUUCACACACAGGAGAAGCCAUAUUGCUGUGGUGUCUGUGGUAAAUCAUUCUCACAAAAUAGUACGUUAAUGAAACAUGAACGUAUUCAUACAGGAGAGAAGCCAUAUCACUGUGAUAUCUGUGGUAAAUCAUUUGCUUUAAGUGGUAGUUUGACUACUCAUAAACGUGUUCAUACUGGGGAGAAGCCAUUUCACUGUGAUAUCUGUGGUAAAUUAUGUUCAACUGCAAGUCAAGUAAGUUUCCAUAAACGUAUUCAUACAGGAGAGAAACCAUUUCACUGUGAAAUCUGUGGUAAAUCAUUCUCUCGAAAUGACUUAACUGGACACAAACGUAUACAUACGGGAGAGAAACCAUUUCACUGUGAUAUUUGUGGUAAAUCAUUCUCUCUAAGUAGCUCCUUAAAUACUCACAAACGUAUUCACACAGGGGAGAAACCACAUCACUGUGAUGUCUGUGGUAAAUUUUUCUCUGUAAGUAGUUCCUUAAAUACUCACAAGCGUAUUCAUACUGGGGAGAAGCCAUAUCACUGUGAUAUCUGUGGUAAAUCAUUCUCUCAAAAUAGUACCUUAACUAAACACAAACGUAUACAUACAGGUGAGAAACCAUUUGAGUGUCAAGUUUGUGGCAAAUCAUUCUCUCGAAUGGAUCAUUUAACUAAACACAAACGUAUCCAUACAGGAGAGAAACCAUGCCACUGUGAUGUCUGCGGUAUGUCAUUUUCUACCGAUGGUAAUUUAAUUAGCCACAGACGUAUUCAUACAGGAGAGAAACCAUAUCAUUGUGAUAUCUGUGGUAAAUCCUUCUCAGAUUAUAGUACCGUCACUAAACACAAACGUAUUCAUACAGGAGAGAAACCAUAUCACUGUGAUAUUUGUGGUAAAUCAUUCUCACACCUUAAUGUCUUAAUUAAUCACAAACGUAUUCAUACAGGUGAGAAGCCAUAUCAGUGUGAUAUGUGUGGUAAAUCAUUUUCUCAAAAUAGUAUCUUAAGUAGACACAAACGUAUUCAUACAGGAGAGAAACCAUAUCACUGUGAAAUCUGUGGUAAAUUAUUUGCUAAAAAAUGCAACUUAACUUCACAUAUAUCUAUCCAUACAAAAGUGUGAUUGUAUGAGUGUCAAAAUACAUUAAAAUGCACAGCAAACCUUCAACAUUUUAAGACCAUUUUCCAUCUUAAAUCAUAGAUUAACUUUGUGAACUUAAGAGUAAUCCUUGAAUCUGUGACAAUAAUCAUACUCUGGAUGUUUCUUUUAAGCCAGGUGUCCUUUCCUGUGUCAACUCUUUUAAUGGUUUCUUACCUGAGAUACACAUUUUACCUGUUUACCUGCACACUUGCUGUUUGUUAAAAUUUAUUGUAUGUAAGAAAUAACUUGUCUAACUCAUAAAUGUAUUCACACAGGAAAGAAGAUAUAACUGUGUGACAAUAUACUGCUAUCACCAUAUUUUACAUCACCAAAGUUGUAUCUACAUUGGUGUAAUAAUAUAUUGUGAUAUUUUAAAUAUU